AUGUGGGUGUUUGACCAUGUAUGGAAUGUGAUCGCUGAGGGGAUGAGGAAUGGUGGAUUGUAUGAGAUGAAGCUGAAUGAGAAGGCCUUGGCAACAGAGAAGGCUACUUACCAGCCACCACCGAAGGAAGGAGUGAUGGCGAGGGAGGAGUUGAAGGCGAAGCUGAAAGGAGUGACAGUAGAGGAGUUGCAGGUGGGAGCUGUUGCAAUGGUGGCAGCAGCUGCAAAAGUGGAUCUAGAGACCCUGCAUAGGCGGCUAGGACAUGCGGGGAUGGAGCGGAUUAAGGAGCUAGUGAAGAAGGGCAUGGCAGCCGGUGUGGAGCUGAAGGAAGGAGAUGGGAGUAAGGGGAUGUUGCCUACCAAAGGCCUUGCAGCAGAUAUGACCCCACAUGAGGCUUUUUAUGGGAGGAAGCCGAACAUGGGGUUUGCAAGGGUGUGGGGCUGCAUGGCUCAGUAUAGGGAGCCGGUUGGACCGGACCACAAGCUCCUACCAAGGAGCAAGUGGGGGAUUAACCUUGGGAUGGGCAAGGUGAGCAAGGGCUGGGUGAUUAAGGACGUGGAGACAGGCAAGGUAGUGGUGACCAGGGAUGUCAUCUUCUAUGAGGAUGUUAAUUACCUGCAGUGGAAGGGAGUGAACAAGGAGAUAGUAACGGGAGCAGCAGCUGCGCUUGAUAAGGUGGAGAAGCUGCUAGUGGAGAAGGAGAACGAGGGGAUAGGGUGUGAUGAGGAGGAGUCAGGAGGUGGUGCGGACAAACCUACCAAGGAACCUAUUUGGCCGGAGCCGCAGAAGAAAAAGGUUGUAGAGGCGGCAGCAGAUGUGGAGGACAAAGGGCACCACGAAGGAGAGCAUAGAGAGACGGGCACAGAGGAGGAAAAUCAGGAUGUGGAGCGCGUGGAAAGCAGUGAUGGGACAGCACAGGAGGGCGAGGGUAACCCAUGGAGACUGAUCGGUAGUGACGCUACUUGUGAAGCUGCUAAAGAGUUAAAUGAGCUGCUGGAGGAUGGAGCCAUGGUGAUAGGAAAGGAACGAGGGCUUGACGAGAUAUAUGCAGCAACAAAGGAAGUUAGUAAGGACGAGACACCGGCUGAGGAGUUGAGGCGCGGUCUGAGGAUCAAGAAGAAACCAGCUAAGUUUGUUUCACUGGUUAUGACACCUUGGAAGGAUGUGAAACAGAUUCUUAGGACAACGCUGUUUUUGGGGAUGAACCUGGAGCGGAAUGUGGAAGAGAAGAAGCUCUUCUUGUACCAGAAAAGGUAUUGCAACCGGGUGCAGCAGAGGUUAGGCCAGGGUUUCACCAAGGAGAUCACGACACCACUCAGCGGCAUGGCAGCAAAUGAUAACGAGCAGGAAGAGGAUGUGAAGCAGUGGGGAGGAGAAGAGAAAGCGCUGCAGAUGUACCAGUCGAUGGUGGGAUCGGUUAUGUAUCCGGUUUCAUGCACAAAGGUCGACAUGGCGUAUGCGGCGAGUUACUUGGGGCAGCAUGUGCAGCAGGGAAGGAAAUGGCGGGAAAUGAAGCGGGCACUUAGUUAUUUGGUGCAGCAUGACGAGGAGAGGCUUCUCUUUGAGGGAGGAGAAGAGACUUUGCAGCUGGUGGGGUAUGCGGAUGCCUCACAUGCAUCGGACAAGAAAACAGGGAAAGGCGCAUAUGGGUACGUGUUCCUUCACGGGGGCACUGCCAUCACAGCUCCUCUGUGGAGUGGAAACUAA